CAUGACGUCACUUCCUCAACGUCAUCCCUUGCUCCCGCCAUCUUGGCCGGUACCACGCGGGAUUUUGGGCAAUUCACGCUUAUUUUGAAGGACUGGGACACCUCAGAGGACCAGCAAGCGGGCCGGAAAGUACACAGUCAUGGAUCCGAAAAAGCAGCAGCUUCCGCCAAAGGAGAACGCACUGUUCAAGCGAAUCCUGAAAUGCUAUGAGCAGAAACAAUAUAAAAAUGGGCUGAAAUUCGCCAAGCAGAUCCUUUCCAAUUAUCCAGAUCAUGGAGAAACACUUGCAAUGAAGGGACUUAUACUGAACUGCCUGGGGAGGAAGGAAGAAGCCUACAACUUUGUCAGACAAGGUCUUCGAAACAACCUCAAGAGUCAUGUGUGCUGGCAUGUGUUUGGCCUGCUGCAGCGCUCGGAUAAGAAGUACGAUGAAGCUAUCAAGUGUUACAGAAAUGCUCUCAAAUGGGACAAGGACAACCUCCAGAUACUACGGGACUUAUCUCUCCUUCAGAUUCAAAUGAGGGAUCUAGAAGGGUAUAAAGAGACAAGAUACAAGUUAUUUGAACUUAGGCCAACGCAGCGAGCAUCCUGGAUUGGUUAUGCAAUGUCAUUCCACCUUCUUCAAGACUAUGAUAAAGCUCUGAAGAUUUUAGAAGAAUUUAGGAAAACUAUUCAGAAAACUUCAUAUGAUUAUGAAUACAGUGAACUGCUGCUAUAUCAGAAUCUUGUCAUUAGAGAGAGCAAGAACCUACAAGAAGCCUUGCGGCACCUCAACACCUAUGAGUCCAACAUCUGUGAUAAGGUCACACUCCAAGAACUUAGAGGAGAAUUAUUAAUGAACUUGGGAAGGAAGGAAGAUGCAAGUGAGGUAUACAGAGGCUUGAUCAAACGGAAUCCUGAGAACAGGAAUUACUACCUCAAGCUGGAAGAGGCUUUGGGGCUCACCACAGCAGAAGAAAGAAUAAAAUUGUAUGAAGAACUUAAGGAAAAAUUCCCCCGUGCUCAAGUGCCUAAGCGACUCCCCCUCAAUUAUGCUCGAGGGGAGGUGCUAAUAUCCUUAUUAGACCCUUAUUUGAGAGCAGCGUUACAGAAGGGUGUGCCGCCACUCUUCACAGACAUCCUUUCAUUAUAUGAUGAUCCAGAAAGAAUAAAAAUAAUUGAAAAUUUAAUGUAUGGCUACCUGAAGAAUCUGAAGGAGACAGGACAUUUGUGUGAAACAGAUAACGAAUACAAGGAGCCAGCCUCCAUCCUGUAUGUGUUGAUGUUCCUGGCGCAGCACCACAGCUACCUGGGAGACACAGAGAAGGCACUCUCUCUCAUAGAACAAGCAAUAGAGCACACACCAACCCUAAUAGAACUCUAUAUUGUCAAAGGAAAAAUACUGAAGCAUGCAGGGGACUAUGUUGGAGCAUAUGAAGCCUUACAGGAAGCCCAGGCAUUAGACACUGCUGACCGAUAUGUGAACUCCAAGGCAGCCUCUUACCUUCUCAAAGCUAACCUAGUCAGGCAGGCAGAAGAAAUGUGUUCCAAGUUCACUCGGGAAGGUGUAUCGGCAAUGGAGAACCUGAACGAGAUGCAGUGCAUGUGGUUCCAGACGGAAUGUGCGCAAGCCUACCACCGCCUUGGACAGUACGGGGAUGCACUCAGGAAAUGUCAUGAAGUAGAUAGGCAUUUUACGGAAAUCAUUGAGGACCAGUUUGAUUUCCACACUUACUGCAUGAGGAAGAUGACCCUGCGCUCUUAUGUGGAGCUGUUGAGGCUAGAGGAUGUUCUGCGGAGUAACAGGUUUUACUGGGACGCAGCACAAACCGCAAUUACCAUAUACCUCAGGUUAUAUGACCAGCCCCUCACAGCCAACACUGGAGAGAACAACAUCAAUACUGCAAAUCUGGAUCCGGCUGAGCUGAAGAAGCUGAGGUCCAAGCAGCGCAAGGCGGCCAAGAAAGCAGAACAGAACAAGGCAGAGGAAAAGAAGAAGGAAGAGAAGAAGGCUGAACACCAAAAAUCCAAGUCUGGUGGCAACACGGAUGAUGUGGACAACCACCCGACAGAAGACCUAGACCCCAGCAAGCUAGAAAGGACAGAGGAACCUCUUGCUGAGGCCAUCCACUUCCUGAAGCCCCUCCAGUCUCUUGCCCCCCAAAGAAUCCAGACUCACCUUAUGGCCUUUGAAAUCUAUAUACGGAAAGGCAAACCUCUUCUCAUGUUGCAGGCACUCAAAAGAGCUCUUGCCCUGGAGCCUAACAACCCAGAGCUUCACACGUGCCUCAUUAGGUUCCUGCAGUACAGACAAGAAAAGUUACCUGGACACCACAGCGUAGUAGUGGAUGUGAUCAACAGGGAGGUGAACCGGCUCCUGCCCACCACUGACCCCACGCAGCUGAAUGAAGACUUCCUGAAUAACAACCAGGACUCUGUUCCUCACAGGCUACAAGCGGCCCGAGCCAUGAAGCUGCUGGAUUCAGUACAGAGGGACAGAGCUCUCUCCAUUGCCACUGCCCUUGACCCUCACCUCACUGAGCAGACCCACCAGAAUCUGCAUAAGGUGCUAGAGUGGCUGGAAUCCAGAGAGGUUGGAGGAACACCUGAACAACUCACCCGCUACAAGGCCCAGAGUCAUGCGCUGUUCCCACGUGCCAGAGCCUUCAUGCCACCUGAGUCUUCUUCCUCAUCCUCCUCCUCCUCUUCCUCCACCACCACUACCACCACUACCACUGCAGCAGACUCCAUCUCAACCACCAACCUUACUGUAACUAGCGUCACCACCACCACUACUGCCGCCACUGCAACCGCCAAUCACAACCAUGUGGACGCUCCCAGCAGCUGAAAUUCACUAAUGGUCUGUAACGCCAGAGUUCAGCGAGUGCAGGGUUGUUACAAAUAACACUCACCAGGAUCCAGUGAUAUUGCUGCUGUGUGCAUCAAUAAGGACAGGAAAAGUUUCAUAUGCUUUUUAAGGCUCAAUAACUUAAAAGAUAUAAUCAAUAGAGGAAAUGCAUGUACAUAUGGGAAUUGAAUAGAAACAAGAUCCUGGUUACUGUACACUCUUGCAUUGUGUGAGUGCUGUCAGACACUGAAGUGUUUCCUCUCUGUACACAUUUUUUCCUGCCGUUCAGAUGACUGACUGAUCCCUGUUGUUGGAAUUAUUCUUACAAAGUUUUUGUUAAGCGUUGAAUUUGCUGUGUCAGUAAACAAGUAUGAAAUGCCAAUGUUCUUUUUACACACACCUGAUGGAUCUUUAGUUUAAUUCCCUCUCCUCUCCCCCACCCACCCUUCUCUCUCUCUCUCUCUCUCUCUCUCUCUCUCUCUCUCUCUCUCUCUCUCUCUCUCUCUCUCUCUCUCUCUCUCUCUCUCUCUCUCUCUCCCUCUGUCAUAUUCUCAUCCUACAGAGUUCCUGUUAAAAGUGCUUAAGUUUAUUUCCUUACCUGAGUGUUUUAUAUCAUCGUAAAGGCCUUCCCCUGCACCAUGGCAGGCAAUACAUCCAAACUCCAGCCCCAACACUCCCUCAGCAUCACCACAGCUGCCCACCAGUCAGAAGAGUCAGUGUCAACACAGAUAUGGAGUCACACAUGUUGAAGCAUUCUGUUGUGGAGCUGUUGGAACUCAGGCAGUUGGUCACUCUGCCUUGAGUUUUUAUUAAUAAAAAAAUAUUCUUGCCCAGGCUGUGUAGUAAAUUCAUCCAAAAUCCUCCCCGGUCAUGUGUGAUUACACUAAAACUUUUAAAUCCAUUUUUAAAAGAAAUCUCAUCUUUUAGAAACUUGUAGGAGUGACCUUUAAUGGUGAGAAACUUUGAUGAUGAUGAUGCACUGUAUGGAAAUUCGUUUUGGCAGUUUAUACUUAGCCACAUUCCACUCGCAUAGUUAAUUGCCAAGACUCAGUUUUGUGGAACAACUGUUAUGUGCCUUUGUACAUUUGUAAUUAUGUUAGUAUCUUCAAAGUGCCCUGCUAUUAAUAGUUUCUCCUACAUUUCACUUUCUUCUUUUUUUUUUUUUUUUUUUUUUUUUUUUGCCAUUUGAAGGCUUUUAUACAUCAAUAUAUCAUCAGUAUAUUAAACAACUCCUGUAACUAUACCUUUUAGCUUCCUCAUAUUAUAGCAGCGGCUGUUUGGCUUGUUUCUUCACUUGCAUGACGUUGUGUUUGGUCUUGAUGCUUUCUUGCUGGAUAAUAGCUAACUGAGGUGGGACAAAUUACGAAGGCUUGAUAGCAUGUGGAUCAGUGACUGACCUGGCGAGUCGUACGAGGUACCCGGGGGCCCGAGGACUGGGCACACGGCUGCAUUGCUUAUUCUGCUUAAUGUCUGAGAGACAGACACAUCAUAACCUGUCUUGCUCACUAGCUCUGUCUGUUGAUAUUAACCGGGUAAUGAUGCUUUCAUUUUGUAAAUAUUAAGAAAUGUCAACAAGCUGUGAAAAUGCUUUAGAGUUUCAAUAUGUAGAUAGUGGUGCUUAGCAUCACGAAAACCAAGGUGGACUGUGACCCCUUGGUGACUGGAGUCAUAAGCCAUCUCAUGAUGAGGGUUCUACCGCAUCAGUGCAUCAACAUGGCCAGUCAACACUCUUCCCUAUGUGUCAUCUGACUUAUGUUUUAUGGAUAUUUUUCUUAAUGAAUAUUUUGAAUCUAAAACUGUGAGAAAUUACUGUGUGACAACUAGACUUCACACAGGCUUGCUGCCAAGCAAAGACCAGUUCAUGAAGCAAUGCCCAUAAAGCAAAACAACUAUACUCAGUGUCAAUGACCUUGCCUCACUAAUUUUGCAACCCACAGAGACGUGAACAUGGCAACACUCACCAGGUGGGGCUCUUGCUUGCUGAUUAGUCUGUGUAUUCCUGUCUUUUAGAAUUUGUGGCAGAUUGACUUGUACCUGCCAGAAAAUAUUUUUAUUUUUAAGAUACAAGGUUACUUGUAUCUUAAUAAUCCAGAAUGUUACAAUAAAGUUAAGAUUUUGCUAGAAAUGUAAAGUUUGAUAAGGAUGUGUUUUAAAAGGUUAGGAAUCCAUUGACUAAUCAGCAGGUGAGAAUGUCAUGCAGUGACAGCUUUACUAGGUCUUGUGUGUCCUUGGAUGGUAAAAUUACUUGGCCAGAGUCAGUGAUACUGAGCUGGUGGUGUGUUGGAAACUAGACGUGUUGGGCAUUAACUUUUAACAUGUCAUUUAGUGAUCCAAACACGGAUACAUACACACACAUGCACACCACACCACACACCACACACACACACACACACACACACACACACACACACACACACAUCUUAAACUGGGUCUUCAUAUCCCUCACGUAGGAAUGUGGUCUUUCAGUAAAGAUAGUGAUGUCACAAAGCUGAUGCCAAAGUGCAUUUAUUGUACAGGAGGAAUACUGGAAGGAGAAAGGAUUCUUUACUAGUUCUAAUCAAGGAUUAUAGCUGUAUAUGCAUAGAAUAAUUUGGAGUAAAAUUAUCAAUCAGGCAGCAGCAUAGAGGGAUCAUAUUAAUCCAUUUGUUUUGUGAAGGUUGCUGCAAAUUGCUAUAAAGCCAUAAAGCCAAUCAGACUGGCUAUAAGUUUGCAUUACUUGUCUGUAUUGGCCAAGUCUUAGUUAUUUGUACUGACCCGUUAUUGCAUACUUAAUUAUGACUUGCUAGUCACUUUGGGGAGGGGGUUAUGUUCCAUUGUUCCAGGGUAUUUGUAUAUACCUUACUGAGAGCAAUUUUGUCCAGUCUGUUUCCUCUCCUACUGUAUGUGUAUGGCCACAGAGCGGCACUGGGUGAGCUGGGUCCUCGGGUUGGUGCAGGAGAGGCUGGUGGCUCCACUCUCUCCAACCAACCAAACAAACAUAAAGAACAGUCAUUAUUCCAAAUUGUUUGUACAGAUGCAAAGCAAAUGAAGUAAUUUAAACAAGCUA